AUGGAGCACAUCCGGACGCCCAAGGUGGAGAAUGUGCGCCUGCUGGACCGCUGGUCAGGCCAGAGGAAGGUCAGCGUCGGGACUCUCUACCUCUCUGCUACACACACCAUUUUUGUGGAGAGCAACCCGGAGACGCGCAAGGAGACCUGGGUGUUGCACAGCAUGGUGAGCGGUGUGGACAGGCCGCCCACCACCCCCACAGGAAGUCAACUUAUCCUGCGCUGUAAGGACUUCCGUGUCAUCCAACUGCUAAUUCCACAGGAGAAAGACUGUAUGGACGUACACGCCUCCCUGGCCAGGCUGUCACGACCAGAGAAGUACGGAGAACUCUACUGCCUGUCCUUCAACCCCAACGUGAACAAAGAGGAGCGAGAGGAGUCGUGGGACUUCAUAGACCUCACGGCCGACUACAGGAGGAUGGGAGUGCCUAAUAAUCUCUGGGUUACUACUGCCGCCAACAGUGAAUACAGGGUUUGUGAAACGUAUCCAUCAGAGCUGUUUGUUCCAAAGUCCGCCACACCGGCUGUCAUCGUCGGGAGCUCCAAAUUUAGGAGUCGGGGACGCUUCCCCGCCCUCACCUACUUCCACCAGGACACACUGGCGGCGGUGUGCCGGUGCAGCCAGCCGCUGUGCGGGUUCAGCGGCCGCUGUCAGGAGGACGAGCUGAUGCUGCAGGCCGUCAUGAGGGCCAACCCGGGCAGCGACUUCAUCUACGUGGUGGAUACCAGGCCCAAGCUGAAUGCGAUGGCUAACCGAGCAGCAGGUAAAGGCUAUGAGAGUGAGGACCACUACACCAACAUCAAGCUGCAGUUCAUCGGCAUAGAAAACAUCCAUGUCAUGAGGAACAGCCAGCAGAAGAUCAUAGACAUGGGCGAGAUGCGUUCUCCCUCCAUGACAGACUUCCUGUGGGGUCUGGAGAACUCCGGCUGGCUCAAACACAUCAAGGCCGUGCUGGACGCUGGUGUCUUCAUAGCCAGGGCGGUGGCUGACGAGGGUGUCAGUGUUUUGGUCCAUUGUUCAGACGGCUGGGACAGGACAGCCCAGGCCUGCUCUGUGGCCAGUGUCCUGCUGGACCCAUACUACAGAACAAUCAAAGGACUCAUGGUGCUGAUCGAGAGGGACUGGGUCUCCUUCGGGCACAAGUUCUCCCACAGGUACGCCCACCUGGAUGGCGACCCCAAAGAGGUGUCACCGGUCAUCGACCAGUUCCUGGAGUGUGUUUGGCAGCUUUCUGAGCAGUUCCCUUGUGCCUUUGAGUUCAAUGAGCGCUUCCUCAUCGCCAUUCAUACACAUGUCUACUCCUGCCAGUAUGGGACCUUCCUGGGCAACUGCCAGAAGGAGCGCAGGGAUAUGAGGUUGCGUGAGAGGAGCCACUCCAUGUGGAGCCAUUUGUGGAGGGACAGGGCGGACUACACAAACCCGCUGUACAAAGCUGAACAAGGCCAGACGCAAGGCGUGCUGAGGCCCAACACCACCCCCUACUGUUUCAAAAUGUGGAAAGGCCUCUACAACCGAGCAGAGAAGUCAGCGCCUCCUCACCAGUCCCCCGCAGACCUUCUGACUGCCGUGAGGGAGGAGUCACAGCAGCUGGAGGAGGAGCUGACCAAUCAUCAGGAGAGAAUAGCAGCCCUGAUGGGGAAACCAAUGACGUGGGAGAAGGUCGCGGUUCAGAGGAGGAAGAUUAGCCAGCUGCAGCAGAAAUACUGCGGGCCAGACCCACCCACCACUUACAUAUAUCCCAUCACCAGCCCUGCACCAAACUACGAUCCCACCUGUGCCUCCGAGUCCAUCAGUCACAUGGCACCGCCGAAGGAUCUCGUUCAGAUCAAGGGUCCUGAAAACGACGACUUCUCCACCUGCAGCGACCUUGAGUCGGGCGUGGCCGACCUCAGCAGCCGCUCCUCUAGCGGCGGAGACGACAACAAGGACCCCGACUCAGACGAGGCGGCCUUUUCCACUGCCUGA